UUUGACUUUUUUAAUGUUUGAACAUUGGGUUUUCUAUACGAAAUAUCAAUUAAUUUUGAUUAUUUCGUCUAAUUAGAUUCCUUGUUUUUAUCUUCUACUAUUAGGAUUCGUUAGAUUCAUGAAGUCUAACAUGGUUGAUUAUCUCUAUCCAUUUUAAACAAAAUGUGGGUUGACUUAUCCUGUUGACGGAGUAAUAUUUUGGAGUGUUGUAGAUAGAACUAAGCGGAAUAGUUGAUGAUGAAAAAUGAAGGGUGUAGAUAGCUCUGCGGCAAACAAAGACGGGAUGCAAAACAAACCAAUAAUAACAUGCGCGGGAGACUGGAACUUGUUUUGUACCCUGGAAGCUCCGUUAGUUGCAGCAAUUCCUCAGGAUUCCUGUGAAUGGCGAAGGUCUUUUGGGAGGAUAACAAAAUUUGUUUAUUUAGAGGCAUCCUUCAUAAAAUUUAAUAAGGACAAAGUGCAAUCAGAACUAAAUUUAUUGAAACGUCCUAUAUUACAUAUUUAUUGGACUGAUUGUGUGGAUAUAGAAUAUUAUAAAACAACUCUUAGGGAAGAUAUAGAAGUAUGGUUCAAACAAUUAGAAAAAAAUAAUGUAUCUGACUGGAUGAUUGUUUUAGUGGAAACUUAUGAUAUAAGGAAAACAAAUAAACUUUUACCAAGAACAACAGUUCUAGAUAAAAUUAAAGGAGAUUUUGCUAUAAAGCAGACCGAAGAUAGAUUUAUAUCUGUAAUUAAUCCUAUUAAAUCAGAGGCCAGAAGUGCAGAGUCAUGGAGAGCACUAGUUGCAAAACUACGGCAUUUAGUUUUAGUAUCCUAUAAUAAAGCAUUAAAUAAGUUUGAGGAAUAUAUGAGAGAACAGAGAGAAAAAAGGAAUGACCCACAAUGGGAUUAUUGUAAAUAUUUUAUUUUGCAGGAGCAAUUAGCAUUUGUUCUUGAAAUGCUUGGAUUAUAUGAGGAAGCUCUUGUCCAAUAUGAUGAGUUAGAUGCUUUAUUUUCUCAAUUUGUACUCAAUUCUAAUGUAACAGAGAGUCCUAAAUGGCUUGACACAUUUAAACAACAAAUUACAUCAUGGCAAGCCAUCAGACUGACAACAACCGUGCCAAUGCAUUUAAGGGAACUUAUAAUUAAACAAAAAGCCUCUCUAUUAGACUUUAGGAGCUAUUUAUUUCAACGACAGAGUGCCAUGUUAUUACUUACUGAAAAACCAGAGGAGGUCGCUUCCCGCUGUAUAAGCACAGUACACAAUACAUUGGUGGAGUUAUCAUUACUGGGAGCGCCGUCAAUAGAUGGCGCUUCAGCGUGUUGGGCACAUUUGGCUUGCGUUGAAACGUUACGCGUUUGUGAAGCGUGCACUGAUAUGCAAGCUCCCUUGUUGCAUAAUGCUAAAGAUAAGCUUCACGAACUCGGCAAGCUGUGUGGCCUAUUACCUGGUUCUCCGGAACCUACAUCGGAACAGCUCCACCUAGUAGUAAUGCUGUCAGCCGGAAUGGGGGAUACAGAGACAAAUAACAAGUCCCCAACCGUGAGGCUGAAGGAGGCUUUAUGCAGCAGUACAUGCUUUCAGCAGUACUAUUUGGAGUUAGCCGAAUUGGCUAUGGGGACGUAUAAGCAUAUUGGAAGAUUAAGAUUUGCUCGUCAAAUUGGUAGAGACUUAGCGGCUUUCUAUUCGGAGUUAGGCGAGACCAGCAAAGCGGUUGUAUUUCUCGUGGACGCCUUAAGAUCUUACGAGGAACAAGGCUGGCAUGAGCUUGCAGCUCAAACGAGGCUCGAAUUGGUUGCCGCUGCCAAGAAAAUGAAUGAUUUUGACAGAUACACUACACUAUCAGCAAAAAUUGCAAGUACAGCUGAACUAGAGAUCCUAGUCAGAAAUUUCUUCUUUGAGGAAAUGAUGAAGUCGAUCAAGCAAAAUCUCACUGAUAAAGAUUCAGUCCAAGCGGACCUUAGCGAUUGCUUUCGACUAAUUUCCUCAACCCUAUUGCCGUCCGAACGUGGUUAUAUAACAGAAAAUAAGGUUCAAUGUAAACUGGUUUUUGAGAGUGUUCUCCCAAAAGACGUGGUGUGUACGAAAGCUACCAUUUGUAUAGACCCCUGUGAAAUAGAGAAGACGCCGGUGAAAAAUAAGACUGAUUUAGGUAUACAGGCUAGUCCGAACAAGUCUAGUGAUGAUGUUUCUAGUUUUAGUACAAGUAUAAGACUGGAUGACUUAAAACCCAAGAAUCCUCUAUUAGAUCCAAUGCAGAUUACCUCAAAACUCCAUUUUAAAGAAGAUAAAUCCCUUCAAAAGGCCACUAUAGAAUGUCAAAACCCAAAAAUGAUAUUAAAAAGAUCGGAUAGCACGAAGUAUCGUAAACCAGUUCCACAAGUAAAAUCUAACUGUGAAUUUUACCUAAGCUGUACUGACUUCAUCAUAAAACCAGGCUUAAAUGAAGUAUUAUUUGAGUGUAUACCGACCAAAUGCGGGGUUUUUAAGCUGGGUGUAAUAUCUUUAUUGGUCGAGGGGAAAAUAGACUUUAUAUCUGAUGUGUUAAGUUCCAAAAUGGGUUUCGAAGUGAUAACACAAGGCGUGAGUGUGUAUUUGAAUAAAGUUGAGCCAAAGAAGGAUUUAGUUGCGGGUUUGGAACACGAUAUGGAGUUAGUUGUCACUAAUGGUUGUUCGAGGAUGGAUGAGAAUACAACAAUACACCUUAAAGCGUCGUCGGGCCUUCAUCUCCGAUAUGGAGUGAACUCCUUACUGUCCCGGGAAUUAACGAUACCAGUUGAGGCAUCAGAACCGUUUCAUACUACAAAAAUUCCUUUACGUCUGUUCGCUGUUUUGUUACCAAAGAGGGAAAAAAGUAUUGAACACACGGUGUGGCUAACCUGCCCCUGGUUAGAGUCAGUAAUGGAGGUCCCUCUACAUUUCUCUCCUCCUAUGAUAGCAGCCUGGAGGCUCCUCACCUCCAAUACUCGAAAGUUCGUCCAUGUCACUCUAAAGUCUACAGUCGGACAUCUCAUACAACUGGUACUGACAGAGCCUAAAUUGGAGUGUGAUGGCAACACUACUGUGUCCAAUCUUAAUCCAAAAGCACAUGAUGAUAUGAAAAUAUCAUCAGACGGAACAACGGCGUCGUUUAUGUGGGAACUACUGAAAGAUCCUUUGGUUAAAGCUGGUCCUAUGAAGGCUACAUUCACGGUACAAUACCGAUUGGAAGAUGAAAAGGUCUCACGUACGUUCACGUGCCCGAUUGACAUACAAGAUUGUACGACACUGUUCGUUAUACGUACGAAAUUGGAACCUGGAAAAGGAUCGGAUUUCUGCAGAGCAAGUCAAGUGUGUUGUCUGCAUUUGAGCGUUCAGAGGGUGAAUGAAACUGAAUACACAUCAUUGAUGUAUGAGGUGCUGGCUGAUCAGACUAUGUGGGCAGUCUUAGGGAGAACUGCUGGUGUAAUAACAAUGGAUUCGUCCACCGGCGAGCCUCAAAAUGUAACAUUAGAUGUGAUGCCACUCAUGGCAGGUUAUCUGCCGCUACCAACCGUCCGAUUGUCCAAAUACAUCGCUGCUAAUACCAAAGAUCCCAAGAAGGAUAUUUCAGCGCAUCCCCGGUUAGAACCAUUUGGUCCAGGUCAAGUGUAUCACGCUGGUAAAACAAAACAAGUACAUGUAUUGGCGCCUGCGCCUAAGGAACAUCUGGAUAUUGUUGUUUGAGUUCCUUUGUGACAAAAAGGUAAGAGUUGGUGUUAGGUUACUUUUUCCCACAUAUUUAAUGGGUUAAAGCGGUUAUUUUGUAUAAAACAUUUUAUUACAUUAUUGUUUAAUUAUUCAAAAGUCGCGGGCAACAUCUAUUGGCUGAUCCCUAAACGUAACACUUAUUAAGGAGUUUGAAAUUAAUUACAAUGUAUUUGUUUUUAUUUUCUGUUUGUAUAAAUUGAUUGCUCAUGGUAAUAGAGAAUAAAUGCAAUGUUAAAAUCCAUUAUAUUAAGGAUUAAUUCUUUAGUUUUCUGAGAGUAGUUACUCAACUUAAGCUCUGCCCACACUUAAUUUAAUUACUUUAACUACCUUUGUCCAAAGACAGUUUUUUGUUAUAGUUUUUAAAUUUGUAUACCUGCCAUUUAAUAAAUACUCCUUACGUAUAAUAGCAACCGCAAAUAGCCCAAUGUUGUUGUUAAAAUAGGUUACUUUGUUUUUGCCAUGACAUCAGUCCAGAUUCGUAUAAUUAAAAAUUACUCACAAAUUCAAACAACCCAAAACAGUUUAUAUGACAACAGUUUUUGUGUUUAUAUUAGUUUUACUGACUGAAUCCAUUUGAAUAGUAGUCAUAGAGUACAUCGAAAUUACGUAGUCAUAAGGCAUUAUAAACAUGCUGUUUUGAUAUUAAUUAUUUUAUAACACUAACUAGUUCUGUUUUAAUACCUAUUAAAAUAAUCUAUAUGGUGACUGCUAAGUAAGGAAAUCUAGGAGAUAUUGUCAAAAGACAUUAACCUGCCUUUAUAAAAUAAAAAAUUAAAGAAUUUACAAAUGUCAAACAGGUAGCAACAAAAUAUUUAUUUUGAUAUAGAAGUAAAAAUAUAACCAAUACCAAAGUUAUUCACUAAACCGAAAAAAGAAAAAAUCUCAAACAAAUGAUUACUUUCAAAGCAGCAUGUUUGUAGAAGAGCCGAAAUUGUAAAUUAUUUAUCUAAAGUUGGACCAUUGCUAUAUGUGAUAAAUGUGUUGCAUUGUUCUAUGACACAUAUAUAAUCAAAGGUUCUAUUCUUAAAAGCUUUUUACUAUAAGAAAAUCUGAAUUUAGUAUUACAACUCGGAUGUUCAGAAUUAAAUAAUAUUCUAUGAUAAAAAAUUCAUAAAAUUUAGCUCAAUAAAAGUCCAUGUUAAAAUAGAUAAGGGUAGGACAUUUUUAAUACAUAGUUUUUCUCAUCUCAAUUAUUAAGGUAUAAGUUAAAUUGUUAUGUUUUCUUUAGCUUGUGGUUUUUAUGUUAAUUGUUUGUUCUUUGUGUCAUUUAGAUAUGUUUUAAGAACAGAAUUAUAUAUUUGUUUAAGUUGUGUAACUUUUAUAUAUAAGGUAUUUUAUUUUUAUUGGGUGCAUAAUAUGUCUUUGUUAUAUAUCUUAGGGGUUCAUUUAAAUGCAAUAAACCAAUAACUAUCGGUUUCAUUUAGACCUUAAUUGCAAUUAUUUUGUUGUGUUUGUCAGUGUACUGAAAAGUGAAACAAAAAAAUAUAUAUUUUCUUGACGAAAUCCUAUUUAAAAGUAUAAAACACAUUGGAUUUAAAAAAAAUAUGAAACCAAAGGUUUAUAUUUUAAAUAACAUCACAUAAUUUGUUUAUGUAGUUGGUAUUGGUAACAAAUACUCACAGUGUUUAUGAUAUAAGUAGAGGCUUCAAAGUAUAUUUUCCAUUAUAACUUAGUAAUAGAAGAAAAGCUUUCUUUUUUAGAAUAUUUAAUUACAUAUUGGUUCUAUUAGCAUUAAUCAGAAAUUAUCGAACUGUUGGUGUAAAAAUAGAUUUAAGCUGUAUAGCUGAAAAUUGUAUUUAUAUUUCCUACUAUGUAUAAUACUUAGGUGUCAAUAAAAAUGU